CCGCCGCGCAGCUGCAGCCCCGCUCCCGCCCGCGGCGCGACGAGACCCCAGCCCGCGCCCGCUGGCAGGCUUCAUCAGCAGUUUCUUGAUGUUUCUGAGUUCCGAGACCCACCCUGAUGGACUACUUGUAACCAGUGCCUAAGACUACAAAAACGUGUGUGAAAGAACCUUUCCUUGAAGAAAGCAUCCAUCUCAAUAUUGUGGAAACUCGGUGCAAGCCUUGCAAGGCAGAAGAACAAUUUUGCUUCUGUUGACGCUUGCGUGUGAUCUCUGCUUCCUAUGCACUCCAGCACCCCUAUCAGUUCUUUGUUCUCCUUCACCAGCCCUGCAGUGAAAAGGCUGCUGGGCUGGAAACAAGGAGAUGAGGAAGAAAAGUGGGCAGAAAAAGCUGUUGAUUCCCUGGUGAAGAAGUUAAAGAAGAAAAAAGGUGCCAUGGAAGAACUGGAAAGGGCUCUGAGCUGCCCAGGUCAGCCCAGUAAAUGUGUCACGAUCCCACGUUCCUUAGAUGGGCGGCUGCAGGUGUCUCACCGCAAGGGGCUUCCCCAUGUCAUAUACUGCAGAGUGUGGCGCUGGCCUGAUUUACAGUCUCACCACGAGCUGAAACCACUGGAAUGUUGUGAGUUCCCAUUUGGGUCAAAGCAGAAAGAAGUGUGUAUUAACCCCUAUCAUUACCGACGGGUGGAAACUCCAGUCCUACCUCCUGUACUUGUUCCAAGACACAGUGAGUUUAACCCUCACCUCAGCCUCCUUGCCAAGUUUCGAAACACUUCUCUACACAGUGAGCCUCUGAUGCCGCACAAUGCUACCUAUCCUGAUUCUUUUCAGCAUCCUCCAUGCACCCCUUUUUCAUCAUCACCCAGCCACAUGUUUUCCCAGUCACCUAACAGCAUCAGCUAUCCCAACUCACCAGGAAGCUCUUCUGGACCAGGAAGUCCCUAUCAGCUCACAGUGGAAACUCCACCCCCACCUUACCACACAAGAGAACCUCCAGGAACCCACAAUGGGCGGUCAAUGGAUGCAAUAGCUGAAAGUCAACUAGUGCUGUCUGUGCCCAAUGGAGGUAAAUCUGCAGAUGGAGAAGCUGAAAACUUUCGGCCUGUUUGCUAUGAGGAACCCCAACACUGGUGCUCAGUUGCCUACUAUGAACUCAAUAACCGGGUAGGGGAGACUUUCCAGGCUUCCUCACGAAGUAUUCUUAUAGAUGGAUUUACAGAUCCCUCAAAUAACAAAAACAGGUUCUGCCUGGGACUGCUCUCAAAUGUAAACCGCAACUCUACUAUAGAAAACACCAGGAGACACAUAGGAAAAGGUGUUCAUCUUUACUAUGUUGGUGGGGAAGUUUAUGCUGAAUGUGUCAGUGACAGCAGUAUUUUUGUGCAAAGCCGCAACUGUAACUACCAGCACGGUUUCCACCCAGCCACUGUCUGCAAGAUCCCCAGUGGCUGCAGCCUCAAGAUCUUCAACAACCAGCUCUUUGCCCAGCUGCUUGCCCAGUCAGUCAAUCAUGGUUUUGAAGUGGUGUAUGAGCUGACCAAGAUGUGUACUAUUCGAAUGAGCUUUGUUAAAGGCUGGGGAGCAGAGUAUCAUCGACAAGAUGUUACAAGCACACCCUGCUGGAUUGAGAUCCACCUGCAUGGACCACUGCAAUGGCUGGAUAAGGUGCUGACUCAGAUGGGCUCACCUCAUAACCCCAUCUCUUCAGUCUCUUAAGAAUCAUCUCUAGAAUUCUCUUAGGAUGGAUGCUAUUGCAGGCAGUGGCUUAUAGGAUUUCCAGUGAACAGAAGUUUCUCUGUGUAGAUUUAUGUAGAUGUAAAUAUAUCUGUACACAGUCCAGUCUACUCUUUUUUUUUUU